UUAAUUAAGUUAUAGAUGAUGAGUUAUAAGAAAUAGUGUUUUGUGAUGACGAAAGUCAUGUAUACCAGCUCACAAAAAUCGAGCGAAAAACAUACAACGCUCUUUUUGAUCAUGAUGAGACUUAAUUUAAAGUAUGUAUUAAGUUCUCUGAUUUUAAUGGUCACUUGUGUAACGUUGAUGUUAUGGCAUCGAUGUGAUUUUGUGAGAACAUUUCCGAAAAGGUUUUAUGCGAGUCAAUAUCAACAAAUAACAGAAGCUGUAGAAAUUGAUUGUGUCAUAAAUCAAGAGUAUUCAAUAGGCUGUCGACGAGAGGGCGAUGAAGUUUAUCUCCCUUUUUCGUUCAUUAAAAAAUAUUUCGAAGUGUAUGGCUCGUUAAAUACAAUUGACGGUAUUACGCAUUUUGAUUGGAAUCAUAGUUACGGUAAAGUGAAUUUACCGCGUACCAUAUAUGACCCGAAAGGUAUUUUUAUGUAUUUUGAAAACUACAAUGUUGAGGUAAGGGAUCGCGUAAAGUGCAUAAGUGCGAGUGCUGGAGUUCCCAUCUCAAUACAAUGGGAGAGUCAAGGAUAUUUUUAUGCAACACAAAUCGCACAAUUUGGCUUAUCACAUUACAGUAAGAAUUUAACGGAACCAGAACCAACACGUAAAAUAAUUGAGGAUGCCGAUUCGAAUCAAUUUCAAUGGAUAACAUUGAGGAAUAGUUCAAUUAGUCGAAAUUAUUCAGCUGAUGUUACAGGAGUUGUCAAUUUUGCAACAACCAAUCAAUUUGAUAGUGCAAUUUAUGCCGAUAUGGAUCAUGUCGUCGACCUUAUAUUCAGCGUCGAUUUAUAUUUUCAACUCAAUGCGAGUCUUAUAAUCACAAUGCAAAAUCGCGAAACGUUACAAUUAUACAAUUUACAUUACAUUCUUGCUGACCUAUCAAUAACUGUACAAGAUUCGAACAUUUAUCAUGGAAUUGGCAUAAAUGCCUUGCAAAAAUGGAAACGCAUAACUCGCGAUCUAUUUGUGGAUGUUCAAAAAGGUGUGGCGGCGUCAUACGUCAGUCGUAAGCAAAAAAUGAGACGUAAUGAAUUGAAAGUGGUUAGAAUAGCAUUUUUGGGUAAUGGUGCUUUUGAUAAUCUAACACUUAGCACAUCCGAGCAUAUACAGCACUUUUAUGACGCAGCAGAUUGGUUUUUGCGUCAUCAAAAUCAAUCGACUGGUGGCUUUUCCAUACCCGUAAGGAGAAGACUUGCAUCGGGCUUUGAGGAUCUUCAAAAAGGAUGGCUCUCUGCGAUGGCUCAAGGCCAUGCAAUCUCACUUUUGUCACGAGCCUUUUAUCAUUCUGGUGGAAAUAGAAAGUAUUUAAAGGCAGCUGUGAAUGCAUUAAAGCCAUUUAGAAUUCCAUCGUCACAAGGCGGCGUACUUGCGAAAUUUAUGAAUAUUUUACCAUGGUAUGAAGAAUAUCCAACAACUCCAGCAUCCUUUGUUUUAAAUGGCUUUAUAUACUCCUUACUUGGCCUUUAUGAUUUACAUCAAGUCGCACCAAAGACAUCAAAAGGAGCAAAAGAAGCUGGAAUUCUUUUUAAUCAAGGUAUGGAAUCAUUAAAGAAAAUGAUAUCAUUUUACGAUACAGGUAGUGGGACAGUAUAUGAUUUGCGGCACGUUACUCUCGGCUCAUCGCCUAAUAUUGCACGAUGGGAUUAUCACGUUACACAUGUCAAUCAACUAUUACUAUUAGCAACAAUUGAUGAUGAUCCAAUCUUCUCACAAACGGCCGAGAGAUGGAGAGGAUAUAUGCUGGGCAAAAGAGCGAUGCAUAAUUAAUGAAUGAAUGAAUGUAGAGAGAGACAAAUUUAUAAUAUACAUAUAUAUUGACAAAAGCUUUAACGUGCUUUUUUUCCAAGUAAGUAGUUUCGUUCUAUGACUAUUUGCACACAUAAAUACACAUAGGAAUGUCUU